AUGUUUAGUCGAAAAGAGGCAAGUUUUCAAGGAAUUUUACAGGAACAUCCGGAAGAUUUACAAAUUAAUAUGAACUACCAAUAUGAAGCUAAUGAUAUCCAAGAAAUUUUAUCGGGUAGAUUGAUACAAUUAUCUCAAGAGUUUUCUCAACGAUUCUCAAAAACAAUUUCUGUACUAGGUGUUAUUGAUAAUAUCGCCGAGGGUCAAUUAGAACAACGAUUACAGCAAGAAAGAAAUGUUGAUAAAGGAGAACACAUUUCGCUUAUCCCUUGUAAUUUAGGAGACUAUCAUUGGAUUGGAAUUUUAAUAGAAUUUCAGGCAGAUGGACAGAUUAAGCGUGCUGAAUAUAUUAAUUCAUUAAAUGAUACUAAUAUUAUUCCGCAGACAUUACAAGAGCAAUUGACUGAAGUUUACCAAGAUAGCAUUUUUCAAACAAGAGAUUUGUUAAAGCAAGACGAUCUUACAAGUUGUGGAGCUUAUACUAUUGAAAACUUAAUAAUAGCUGCACAAAAUUUAGAACUUCCAAAAAUCAAUACUGAAGAGCUUCGCCGAUUACAUGUAGAAUGUCUAAGAACUUAUAACUUAGAAUUUUAUAAUGUCUUUUAUAUUCGUCAGCAAGACAAUCGAUCAACGACUGUAAGUCUUUUAGAUCAUUUGCAAACAGAAAGUAAAGAUUUGUCAGGAGUAGGGCAGUUACAGUUGGAUGGGAUUAAAAUACAUACUCUAAAAUCAGAUGCAGUCAUUCCCAAAGACGAUAAUCGGGCAAAGCUUCACGAAUUAGAGCAAAAAUUGAGUAGUGGCUUGAUCAAAUUGAAAAUUUCAAAUGUGAUAAAGUUGUCAGAAAAUAUAAUCAAAAUAAAAGAGCGAAUAAAGGAGUACCGAGAAGAAGAAAGAAUGGAAGAGGCCGAAAACGAAGAUAAAUAUUUGUCGGAAUUAGAACAGUUACAAUCACUGGAUCAAGAAAUACGCAGUCUGAAAUCAGAUAUAUCCAUUUCCAAGGAUAGUGACGGAAUAAAACUUCGUGAAUCAGAGCAAAAAUUGAGUAGUGGCUUGAUCAAAUUGAAAAUUCCAAAUGUGAUAAAGUUGUCAGAAAAUAUAAUCAAAAUAAAAGAGCGAAUAAAGGAGUACCGAGAAGAAGAAAGAAUGGAAGAGGCCGAAAAAGAAGAUAAAUAUUUGUCGGAAUUAGAACAGUUACAAUUACUGGAUCAAGAAAUACGCGCUCUAAAAUCAGAUGCACCUAUUUCGAAGGAUAGUAGCAGAACAAGACUUCACGACUUAGAGCAGAAGUUGACUACUGGCUUGAAUAGAUGUAAAAUUCAAGAUGUGACAAAGUUGCCAGAAAAAAUAAUUCGCAUAAAACAGCGAAUAAACGAGUACCAAGACGAAGAAAGAAUGGAAGAGGCUGAAAAAGAAAGACUAUAUUUGACAGAAUUAGAACAGUUACAAUCAUUAGGCGAUCAAAUUGAAGUUUUAAAACAUGUUGAUUCAAAUAAUGAGUAUCAAACAUUGGACAAAGAGCCAGUAGAUGAUUUGGCUAAUCAUGACAUUCAGAAUGUAGAAUUGUCUAAAGAAAACGAAUUACGGCAAUCGCAAUUAAUACCUGAAAAUACGAAAUUCAUAAAAUCUACUGAGAGAAAACCUUUCUCUGAAUUAAAUCAAAAGAAAAAAGAUACUAUAAUUAACAUGUAUAAUGACGUUUCGUCAAUGCCACCUUGUAGUGAAAGAAACAUAAUUCGUCUCAUCUAUUAUAUUUUAUUGAAACUAGCAGAUGAAUCGAUACUUUCAGAUAAAACUAUUCAAGUACCUGAUCAAAUAGAAGAAAAAAUUCAAGAAGAGUUUAAAAACCUAAAAGAACAAUUAAAAAUAGAAGAACAAGAAUCCGAGAAAAUUAAAAGCAUUGUUGAACAAACCAUAGCAAAUGCCAAAAUUCCAAAUUGGGACAAGGUGAAAUCUAAUUUAGAAAUACUUUUAAAAGAAUUAAGACCAUUUAAUAUUCAAGAGAUGUUACGAUUGACCAAGAAAACAGAUGAAUGUGCAGAAUUGAUAAAGGAACAAGAUAUUAUCCUUUUAUUAGGAGGAACUGGAACAGGCAAAUCAACAACUAUUCAUUUUCUGGCAGGAUCUAAAAUGGCAGCGACAAAGGUGAAUCAAUUACCUCAUAUUGCUCCAAUUGAAGUGAGAAAUCUAGCAUUAAAAAAUGUUACAACAAGUCCACAUCCUCUAUCAGAAACAAGAUAUAUUACCGCUGUGCCCAUAAAUUUUAUGGAUAUAGGCAUGCAGCAAAAUGGUGGGAUUAUCCUCUGUGAUACUCCAGGAUUUUUGGAUACAAGUGGCCCUGAAGUAGACAUCGCUAAUGGCAUAGGUAUUAUAAGAGCAAUAAAGAAAUGUAAAAGUGUAAGACCAUUAUUGUUAGUAAGUUAUAAGAGCAUUGGUGACAGAUUGACUGGUCUAAAGGAAUCAGCACAUACAUUAGUAAGAUUGAUUCGUGGUAUCCAAGACCAUAUCGGUUUGUUUUCUUAUGGAUUCACAAAAUAUCCAGAGCAUGAAAGGCAUAGUAUUCAUGCCUCAUUGAUAAGUAUUUUACAUACUCUCUCCGAAAGUGAAAAAUCAAAUACUGCUUUUUGCCUACUGUUAGGAGAUAUGGCAGAACAAACUGAAUCCGGUGCAACUGUGAUCGAUCCACUUGGAGAUGAAUUACUGCGUGUCUUUUUGAGAAAGUUGAUGAAAACUGCAGCGAUCAAUCAUCCGGAUGAAGUAUUUCACUUUUUCAUUACUGAAGAUUCAAAAACAAAAAUACAAGAACAAUUACGAAAACAGUAUCUAGUUAUUACUCAUGCUAUUAAGAGAGCAGAUUAUUCGUUAAUAAAAUAUAAACUGGAUGAAUUGAAAGAAUUACAGGGUAUAAUUAAACAAGAAUUCAUCCAAGAAGUCUAUGAUGAGUGUAUUCGUUUUGUUCGUCAGUAUAUUAAUGAAAGAUUUUCAGAAACAAUUUCUUUGUUUAAUCGAUACCUAGAAAACCAAAAUGCAUUGAGUAUUGAAGAUGUAAAACAAUAUCAAAUAUCCAUGGAUUACAUUGGCGCAGCUGAAAUCUUAAGAGAAGUCCACUUAGGAACAAACACGGUACAAAGUAGUGCAUUGAUUCAAAAUUUACUAAUUAAAGUUGAUGUUAUGCUCCAGAAUAUCCGUGAUAUAGAUAUAGACAAUUUAUCCAUAAAAACUCAUUUAGACAACAUUAAACUUCUUGCAACUAGUUUUCAAGAUGAGAUUUCUAAAUAUAAGGAAACAUGUGACCUUUUAUCCGAUCGAUUCGCUGAAUUGGUUAAAUCAGCUAAUCACUUUAUAUUAUUAAAUGACUUUAGUCAUGCUGCAGAAAAAAUGACAAAAGUACAUCGAGCCGUAUCCAUCAUUGGAGAACAUUUAAAUCAUCAUCAUAUGGAAGAAAUGUAUAAAAGUCUUAUUUCUUCACUUUUAAUGCAUUUAAAAAGCAUUUUUGAGAGUGCAAGUCCAUUACUGAAGAAAGCAAGACUUGAUGCGAAUGAUGUAACAACGUUAAAAAAUUGUGUAUCUAUACUAGAAUCUGCCAAGGAUACAGGACCAUUGCAAGAUCAUGUCCACAUACAAGAUAUUAAGAUCAUUUAUGAGUCAUUGUUGUCCAAGAUUGUCGACUAUUUUGAACAAGUUAGCAAGAAAAUAAAAAGUUUAUUUGAGAGAGAGAAAGAAAAUUCAUUUAAAGAAAUAGAAAAAUUUGUGAAAGAAAUGAAUGAUAUUAGAAUGAUUACAGGCGUUGAGUAUAGAACAGCUGACUCCUAUCAUUGUACUAUAGAAUGCUUGGUGGGCUACAUGCAGCAAUUAAGAAGAGAUACUGAACAAAUUUUAGGAUCUUUUCGUCAACAGACAGAAAAAGUCAACUAUGCGAAACUUUUUCAUUGUUUAUCUGGUCUGAAAGAUGCUGAAUGGAUGAAUGCUAUUCGUCCUGGUGCGUGUACAGAUGUGAUGAAAAAUAUUGCCGAUGAAAUGAUUCAAUAUGCUCAAAACUUAGAAAGAAACAUAAUGGAAAUGGAUUUAGAUCUCGCACAUUAUAGCAAUACUGAGGUUGCCAUAAAACUAAUAGAUCAAAUAGAUUCUAUGCAACCUAUUGAAAAAAUUAUUCCUGAAUUUAUCCAAUGCAGAAAAAACAUUCAUUGUCAGUUAGAGCAAGCAGCACAUAGUGUGUUUAUACAUAUCAACGAAACAUUUAAUGUGGAAAAGGAAAGUUUAUACAAGCAGAAAGAAAUUUUGCGAAAACUUGAAGAAGAUAAGGCAAAGUAUGAUAAUCUACAUCCAGCUCAAUUAUAUUUGAGCAAAAAUGGAUAUCAAAAUGUAGAAGCAUUAGAGAAUGAGAUAAGUCGUAUUGAAAAUGAAAGCAAUUUGCUUAAGAGCGGUCGAGAAAUAAGUGAACUUGAUCUGGAAAACUUACGACAAACUGCUAGAAGAUAUGCUGAAUUGGUUGCAAAAUCCUCAAAGGAGGAAGCUUACCAGCUUAUAAAAGAUAGUGGGCAUGAGAAUAUUCGAGCUCUCGACCACUGUGUGACAGAAAAACAAGAGAAGUUAUCACAACUCAAACAAAAUCUUCGUGAAAAGAUGGAAAAAUAUGAGAAAACUUUAGGGAAAUUGACCAUAAUCAAGCAAGAAUAUAGUAAGUUUGUUCAAACCGAAAUGGAACGUUGUUUUCAUCGAAUUACUAGUGCGCAUCAAAGAGAAAUAAGGAGCGAACAAAUGUUUAAUUAUGCUCAACUGUUGACAGGUCGCUUGCAGGAAAUCCAUGAGUUGGAGAAAAAAUGUCCCAAUGUGUUUACACUUAUUACAGGCCCAGAAAUUAUAAAGAAAUGGCAAAAGUUAUUAUCAGAUAAUUUAAUUGAACUGAAUGAUCAAAUGAAGCAGUACGCUACUACCCAUCAAAAUCAACAAUUAAAAUGCAAACUUGGUGUUGCAAAGUCAUUAAGUCAGUUAGAUAUGUUUUUAGAUAAAGAUAAAAAAUAUCUUGAUGUAUAUCGUGAAUAUCAAGACAUGUUUUACCAGGAAUUUCGCGAAGUCCAUAAACAGAUAAUGAAAUACAUUGAAUAUCAUGACUAUGCUAACGUUGCAAGUGAAAUGUCACAUCAAGAUGAUGAUCCUAGUAACCAACGAGCCCUCGAUCAAAUGAAACAUUCACUUUCUGUUUCUGUGACUGAUCGUAUUGAAGAAGUCGAAACUAAAGCAAUAAUGCUUGAUAAUAACAUGGAAAAAGAAACAGUCAAAUCCAUCGUUGAUGAUCUUAAAAAAAUUAAAAAUGCCAAAAGAUUUGUCUCAGAUUAUCUUGAUCAAACUACUCAGGAAAGACUUAACACAUGUGUUGAACAAAUUGAAUCUAUCUUAUGUGGGAAAAUAAUGCGUUUCUUAGACAGCAUAGAAGCAUUAGUGAAUACUAAUAAUUUUUAUGAAGCAGAAAAACGAAUGGAAUAUAUUAUUCAAAUUCGUCAUCUUUUGGGCACUUAUUGUACAACCGAAGAAGUAACGAAAAGAGUUGAGCAAUUACAAAAUAGUUUAAACAAAAUCGUUGAUGAAGUAGUAGAACGAUACAAGCAGAUGUCUAUUCAUGAUUUUAGAUUUAAUCCACCAAAGGAAAUUUUAGAUAAACUUCAACAAGUUGCUUGUCACAACUUAAGAUACAAUGAAUCUUGGAAUAAAGUAAGAAAUGAAUGUACAGAGAAAUUCAGAGAAUUCCUAAAAGAUGCUACAGAAGCUAAACCAAUCAGACAAAAUGACGUUAUUCGAAAGUACGAAGCUGCUUUGUGGUCUUUACCAGAAGAUUUAAAAAAAGUACUUGAAAGCGAUUUGGACAAUUUCAAAAAGGGAUGUUGA